ACUAAUUUCGUCAGAGAGAGCAAAUCCACUAGUAUAAUUGGAUAUGGUGGAGAAGAGGAAACUGAAAGCCAUUCAGGUGAGACGAGGAGGAUACCUGCUCGGGUCCCUGAAACGAUUCUCCCCCUCCUCCAUUGCCAAGACGUCUGCCUCUUCUUCCCUUCACGGACACAACUGCCACCACGCCCUCCCUUCGCUCCCCAAUGCCGCACCCUACAAGGGCGUGCGAAUGCGGGUGUGGGGCAAGUGGGUGACGGAGAUCAGAGAUCCCAUCACCAAGACGCGGAUAUGGUUGGGAUCCUUCGCCACCGCGGAAAUGGCCGCCCGAGCGUACGAUGCCGCCGUUGUGUGCCUCAAGGGAGCGUCGGCUCCGGAGCUGAACUUCCCCGACGCCAUUCCGCCGUUCUUGAUCCCCCAGUCCACGUCCUCUCCCAAGGAGAUUCAAGCCGUCGCUCUGGCAGCUGCCACGGGCUCCAUCCAGCCGGGUGCUCCCGCACCCAUCCAAGCCGCAUCAGGGGGUGCUCGCCAGGAAUCGGAGGUGGACGUCGUGGGCUCCGCAUCGUCCAAAUGCAUGGACGUGGAGCACGCACAUGGGAACGACGCGGAGGGGGAGAAUCAUGACAUGCCCGACGUGAAGCAGCGCAGCAGCGAGGCAGAUUUGGAGGAGUGGAUAAAGAAGGAGUUCGGAGAGAUGGAUCCGGUGGAGAGGGAGCCGAGCGAGGAUCUGUUGCAAGAGCUGAUGAAAGGAGGGAACGACGAAGACACGGCGGGAGCGUUGGGAGGGUACAGCGGAGUGGAGCAAGCAUCGGAGUGUGUGUGGCCUUCGUCCGAUGAGGCAGACGAGUCGCUGGUUUAUGAUGUGAAGUUGUGGUCGUUUACCUGAGGCGUCAAACAUCGCUCGGCCAAGCACCGCAUUCUGAGGUUUAACUUAAACACUUUUCAGAUCGACGCACCGAAGACGCCAAGUGUCUUUCCUAAGUGACUCAGAAGGAGUACUUGAGUCAGUUGUAUUAGAGUUAGAUUUUCAUUUUUUUCAUUUCUUAAUCAUGAUAAACACUAUUAUCUUCCACAUAUCUAGGGCGUGUGGUGGCAAUUUUUUGGGGAUCACCCUCACUUCCGUUGUGGAAACAUUCUUUGCGGCAGAGCACAUGGCCGUUACGACACCAUAGAUUUCACUCAUUCUUUUGUGUAACAUGCCAGUAUUGCUGGUGAAACAUUUUAACAGAAUUUGAAUCAUGCCGUUUCUUUA